CAAAGCAACGGACAUAUUGAUAGACGAGUACGCCAACGAGGGGCGAUACUCCGACGGCCAUAUCGUUCACAAGAUCAUUGGUUCACCUGCGGCCUCCAUGAUGACAAGUAAAUGGUGGGCGAGGCUCGAUAAAAGUAAGCCAGAAAUACUGAAGAGAAUCUUCAAGCACCCGACGCUUGCUCCGGUCCUUGAGAAGGUUGUCGGAAUACCUGGCAUGCGGACCGACCUUCAGCUCGGCACCUGGAACAAGAUCUUUCACUGUGUUGAGGAGGUUGCCAACUACCUGUUAUUGAUCUACGAUACCUGGGUCUUUAUAAUGGGCUCGCAUAGUGCACUCGAAUACGUGGAUAGCAGUGGUGUACAGAGCCUUGAGCUGCUUGUACCUGGCGUCUCCCGAAGGGACCAACUUCGCGCUGAAGCUGCAAUUCAUGACCAUGGCAACUUCAGAUGCAUCAAUGACGAGAUGGAGCGUACGAAUAUCCUACAUAGGCUGAAUUCGGUGCAGCAUCUUAUCCCCUCUAUACGCACGCUCCAGAACGACUUCAAAUACUUGAGAGAAUGCACACACGUGGUCAAAAGGCUGGUUUGUGGAAAGACGCCUAGCCCAUUCACCGUGCAAACCAUUGCUUGGAAAGCCUUCAAGGCCCCAGCUAGGCAUCCAGCGACCGAAGAGGUCAUAUUUGAGAACAGCCUCCGCUUGUUGUAUGUGGCUGUCAUGAACGACCUUUGCGAUCUUUCUGGCCAGACCCUUUUGAAAGAUGAAGGGGUAGAGCACGAAUGGAACUUCCAGCCGGAUCCCCGGGCUUGGUUUCGACUUGCUUGCCGCGCAAAGCAAUUAGGUUUCGUUUCGGAGGAGAUCUUACGGCUGUGCCAAGCGGAUCCCGAUCAUAAGAUCGCCUUGAAGGCUCUGGUCGAAGCACGUCCAUCGCCCGAUUACGACUACGGCACCAAUCUCGAAGGCCUCGUGCAGCUGAUCCGAGGACUGUUCGAGAAGGCACACAAAGUUGACUUCAUGGAAACCCCACGACUGCUGACUACUAGUCAAAAUGGCGAACCAACAACAAAAAGGUGUGGUCGUUUGUAUGGAAAGGCCUAUGCCAGAGAUCGGCACCGCAUCACUGCCGACAUCGUGACAUGUGAUGUACAGACAAACACAGAUGUCACCUCCCUUUUUGUUCGACGCUCAGUAUUUCGUGCCUUCUGGGGAUGUCCCUCACAAGACGUCACCGAAAGUUUCGUACAAGCACAGGAAACUGCAAGUGGCGUCAACGCUGGCAAUUCAGAAACCUUGCUUCCACCACCUCAGCUGGAUCUUGUUCCGGUGGCAGAUCACGAUGAUCAAACAAUGGCAGAGGACACCACCUCUGCAAACGCCACCUCUCCAGCCCCUGCGUCAUCGAGGGCCCGUCGUGUCACGAAGAACAGACGACGUGAGACCCCAUAUGCUAGACCGCCACAAUCUGCAGCGAAGCUCCUUCUCGGCCCCCCAACGAUUCAGGGAGACCAGCAGGUUCACACAGCAGGUCUGAUAGCAGGCACUGCGCCGAGUCAGGAGAACCAGCAGGUUGCCACAGUAGGUCUGAUAGCAGAUACUGCGCCGAGUGAGGUGGAGAUCACUAUUCUGCUUCGUCGGAACGGAUGCUGGGUGGUAUACGAGAAGGUGCCGCGAAGCUUGAUCGGGUUCUGUAUAGCCACACUCCGCGCCCAGAGCGUGGGGGAACAGCUGCACCUGUACGAUAUCGCAGGACGUGGACGGGAGUUGGACGAUUGCACUCAUGAGGGCCUUCCCUCCAACACCGUGUGCUUGAGCUCAAGCGAUGAAGGCUUUCCACUUUCCAGUUGAGGAACAGGAUGUCGCCACGGAAGGAUAUAUAGUGUAGACGCUGGAUGAAGUGAGACAUCACUGUGGGUGAGGCAAAUGCGGUCAACUUUGCUUUUUCAAGGGCUGGUUGAUAAGUGAUGCAACAAGACACUUGCGAGGACCCUGCUAGCGUAUAAGAUAAUCAAGUGACGAGCG